AUGACUGGUGGCAAUAUGGUUACCCAGCCGCUCAACCAAGAUGCCAAUGAAUUUAAAUUCGUUCCGGUCAAAGGCCCUUGCAGCAAACAGGACCGUAGCGCGAAUCGCUCGGCCAAGUCACAUGCAGUUAAGCAUGCUCUCAAGGCGAAACGGUUGCUCGAACAAGAAUCAAAACGCAACUUUCGGAUAACACUUUUGAAGGAGGAGCCUGAGACGCUGAAUGAAGAAUCACAUCCCAUGGAACCCCCAGCAUUCAUCCCGGCUUUAUCUGCGAGCGCGAUUGAUCCUUUUGGUACGCUUCCUGUGGACAGUUCGCGGCUGCAAAUGCUACUGGAUGAUAGUAAGAAAUUAUCUACCAUGAGGGACAUGAGUUGGGUUUUUGACUUUCAACGGCAUAGAUAG